AUGAAGCUCGUUCAUUUCGCAGGGCUUGCUGCUCUUAUCUCCUUGGUCCCUGCAGCUGCUGGGCUCAGCUGUGAGAAGGAUGUCGACCACAAAAAGGAGUACACCACCAACGGGAAGGUGUACAAGCUUUACUGCAACAGUCUGGUCUCGCCUUUCAAGCCGAAUCUCGACACCAUCAAGCCCGUAGCUACCGCCGAGGAGUGCGCGGACAAGUGCGCCCAGCGGAGUGACUGUGGCCACAGUCAUUACGGUGAGAAGAAUCAGAUAUGUUUCCUCAGGCCAGCCAAGACUUCGAUAUCCGAGAAGCAGUUCUCGGCCAAUGCCGGCACGAAUGGCAACUUCUACAGUUGGGUAUAUGACCGUGACGCACCAAAAACUCCGGUCGGAGGCAGCAAUGGAGGUGGAAACAACAACGGAGGUGGCACCGGUACCGGAGGCGGCACAGGCACCGGAGGCGGCAACAACAAUGGAGGCGGCACCGGUACCGGAGGAGGCAACAACAAUGGAGGCGGCACAGGCACCGGAGGAGGCAACAACAAUGGAGGCGGCACUGGUACUGGAGGCGGCAACAACAAUGGAGGCGGCACCGGUACUGGAGGCGGCAACAACAAUGGAGGCGGCACAGGCACCGGAGGAGGCAACAACAAUGGAGGCGGUACAGGCACUGGAAACGGAAACAACAAUGGAGGCAGCAGCGUUAACCAAGCAUCUUACGACUGCACUAACCAAAAGGACCACGGCAAGAUGUUUGUUAUGAACGGCCAAGCCUAUGAGCUUCUCUGCGAUCACUCCAACCCUCAUGGCGGAUAUUACACACACCAAGGAGUCAACUCGCUGAGGCGCUGCGUUGAACUGUGUGCGCAGGAUCCCAAAUGUAAAAAUGCCGAGUACCACGUCUCGAGUGGAAACUGCGAGAUGGAGCCUGACAACAACCCCGGCCCGUUCGUCGGCUACCAUCUCUGGGUUCCCAGGUCGUGCCCCAAGACGCCUCGCGCUCAGUCCGCUGUUGUCAACCCCCAGCAGACGACUGAUCUUACCUGCCCCAUGAGCGACGGCAAGGUUUACGAGGGAGUGGAUGGAACCUGGUACUACAUCCAGUGCUGUUCAGACUCACCCGGUGCUGUCGUGGUUGGUUUUGCUCAGGCCAGCAGCCACCAGGACUGUUUGGACAAGUGCUCUCACGACAAGAAAUGCUCCAGCGUUGCCUUUGACACUACGAGCAAGGACAACUGCAAGUUCAUGGGUCCCGGCAAGUUCUCCACGGUUCACAAGGAGGGAGUUCACUAUCAUUUUGCCACCAGCCCGCCCACAGUUGCUGCCAAGCCCUUUGAAUCCAAGAGGUGCUCCACCGAUUGUCCCGAGGCCGACGGUCAAAUCUUUGCAAGCCCUACCGGAGAGAACUUUGUCAUGUCUUGCCAGAAGCGCCACGGUACGACGUACCUCAAGGAUGAGCCUGACCGCUAUCCUACCUUUGCUGCAUGCAUGAAGGCUUGCGGCUCGGUCCCUGCCUGCCUGAGCGUCGACUACGAGGCCAAGACGCAAAAGUGCUACUUUAGCACCAACUCCAAGUCACCCACCAUCGCCGCUAAGGCCUUCAUGAGCGCCCACUCGGCGGGCUGCUCGGGCGCCUGCGCCGGCUGCGAGGGCAACAGCUGCAAGGACCUGGCCGCCGGCCCGCUGCCCAAGGAUGCCAAGUGGGGAUGCCCUGAGGACCACGGCAAGCCGGUCACCGUCCAGGGCGUCGACUUCCAGGUCGCCUGCCAGCACACCAUCAACAGCCACCCGUGGGUUGAGCUGACGGGCACCACCAGCCACAAGCAGUGCGUGGAGAAGUGCGCCGCCGACAGCAGCUGCGGUGGCGUCAACUGGAUCGGAACAAAGUGCUAUAAGCACCCGGACAGCAACCAGGACGGAAGCUCCGUCUUUGUCAGUGAGCGCGCCGACUCUGACGCCUACGUCAAGAUACCCGGCCGCCUUUACAACUCCUUGAGCGCCUAG